AUGGCAACCGAGGUGCCAAUCGAAUCUCGUAAAUUACGACGCACUACUAACGCAUGUGUGGCAUGCCGGCAAAGCAAGAUCAAAUGCUCGGGAGACGAUCCGUGUGCCAACUGCCAGCGUCGUGCCCUGAAUUGUCACUUUGUCGAAGGAGGCAACAAAGUUACGGUGGCCCAGAAAUAUCUCCAGGAACUACAGCGACAGGUGCGAGAGAAACCGCAAUCGUCGCUGGGAACGAAACGCACCGUCGACGUGGCGUUCGGACCGGAGGCUCGGGCGGCGACCGUGUCCCCCCGCACCGAUGAGUUGCCUCCGUAUCCAACCAUUGAUAACGGCCGCAGCGUGUGGAUCAGCCCAUUUACGCUGCCCUCGAGAACAAUCAAGAACUCUUACAAGAACAAACGAAACUGGAUCUGGUUGGCCCCGACGUCAGUAUGGUCGUUCACCGCACGACUCUCGGUUAUGAUGACCGAGAAGCUCCAUAUGCCGUCGCCCUACACGGUUCCGAACUCCCUGGACUGCGAUGUGUAUCCGCUACGGUGGAGGCCGGCUGCGUUCGAUGACCCGCCGGACAUCACCGGCCUGCCGUCCAUUGACCACGCGCUGUAUCUCUUCAACACCGUUAAAUUCCAUCUCCACCAGAACUAUCGUUUCUUCGACGAGGAGACGUUUCUAGCCCACGUGCAUGAAUUCUACUUUGGAGCCGCUGCCCAGAAGGCCGCUGAAUGUCGUCUCUGGUUUGUCCAAUUCCUUCUGGUGCUGGCCUUUGGUAACGCUUUUCUGCAAUCGCGGGCGACGCAGGAUCCUCCGGGUUCGAAAUUCUUCGUCCGAGCCAUGUCGCUGAUUCCCGACCACGCAUCGCUCUGGAAGGAUAGCCUGCUGGCAACGGAGGUCCUGGCGCUAGCCGGCUUGUACUUGUAUUGCAUUGACCACCGGGAAUCGGCACACGUCUACGUAGGUCAGGCCAUCCGCAUCGCUCAAAUGGAUGGUUUACAUACAGAGUUGCCCGAAGACGAACUGGGCGUGGAGACGGUGGCGCGUUGUCGUAACCUUUGGUGGACGCUGUACGUGAUGGACCGGCAUUUUUCGUCAUCAGUUGGGCUACCUAUGACCACGCAUGAUGACGAUAUUACCACCGUCAUUGAUCCGCCCAGUACCUGCUCCCAGCGGGAUGCCACUCUCAGUCUCCAUGUGAAGCUGUCGCAUCUUCUUUCCUUUAUUCUCACUACCAUAUACAAGAACGAAACGACCGCUCUCGGCACUUUCCUUGAAAAGACGAGAUCCAUCCUGCAAACUAUGGCUGGACACGCCCAGGAGAUCGAAAAUAUCAUUCACCUCAAAUUUCAAAACUCGGUCGAUACAAUGCCUAGAGGUACGCGGCAUAUCACUCUGCUGUAUCAUCAGCGUGCCCCCGUUGAUAUGUGCAGAGCCUCGUCGGCUGAUGAAGAUCUACAGUGCGUGAUUUUCGCCACGCGACCGUUGUUGCUAUCCGUAUUAAAGGAACGACUGGACAAGCUUGGUCAUGAGGAAGAAAAUUGGGAGAGUUUCCUGGCCCCGACAAAGACCUUGAUCUCGACCGGAAUCAAGUCCGCGGCGAAGACGCUGCAAAUACUGUCGGACGAGGACAGCCUUCUGGAGUAUACCUACGGGGCUGCUAUCCUAUUGCUGAUGGCUACGACCCUUUUCCCGCACGCUACGGAGGGCCAGAGUUACACCGCGGAGGCGCACGCGAUUCUAGAUGAGAUGAUCUACAAAGGAAAUCGACUGGCAGUAACACGCAAGACCGAGUUGACCCAUCUGGAAGGCCUGUUCUGCGAGCUGGGUGCGCGCAUUGAGCGGCGUGGUCUCCAGACGCUGACGCUUCUAAGUCCCGACCAGGACGUGGGCGACCUCACGCACGAGCCGGAGGAAGAUACGACACUGACCGGCCCGGCCACCAUGACGCCGUCGAUGAUCGGAGAUCCCGGUUGUUCACCCUCGGCGCUGCCGCCGAUUACCAGCAAUCUAGAAUUUCUGGAGAACAUCGGCAUCUCCUCCGACGAGUUUCUCUCAAUCGUCAAUCAGAUCGGGAAUCCCGUUAGCCACAGUAUUCUGGACCCGGGUCAGAUGCGAAAGUCCGCAUUCUGA